UUCAUAAUCAUUUUCUCGUUAUUAUUACAAUUUUUACACAUACCAUUACUAGUUGUACAAAAUCUAUUCUGUAAAGUAAAGUAUAUGUCUGUUCUCAGGAACAGAUUAGUAUGGUGUACUCAGGUUGACGAGUAGGGUAAAAAUGCAUGCAAUUUUACUUUAUUUGAAAUGAAAACUUAAGCUUGUGGGAGAAUGAAUUUCUAUCAAUCAUGCACCAGGCUACUCAAGGCUGUGCUGCAAGCAGGGGUUUCCAACAGAACAUGUCUUUAGUUUAAUAUUCAAGAUUAUUGAUUAUUUUAGAACACUUAAAGGAUAGUAGCAACUUCAAAGAAUAGUAGCAACUAUUUUUAUAUACUGUAUAUUUGUUUCGAACAUUGUGAAUUUUUUAUACCCUGAGAAGCAAGCCAAGGAACGCUUUAAAAUGACACUGCAUGAAAAAUCAUAAUUUGUUGUUUCUCUUUACCUUUAAAGGAGUUUAUAUUCCUGUUUCUUCUGUGUUUAAUGUGUCAAGCUGAAUUCUCUUUUUAAGAAGACAUGGGAGAUUACCUGUCACAGUGAGAAUCACAAGGAGCAGCACCGCAGGCUGAAAUAAGUGGCCCAUGAUUGCUGGCACCUGCCGGACACAGAGAGAAAGCGGGACCGGUGUGGCCAUGGAAACUGAAAUCGGAACUAAGAAACCUGAGGACCAGUGCUGAUGAGAUCCCUUCCUCUUAAGAGGAACCAGGGAGGCAGCGGCAAAGCCAUUCCUGGCAGUCAUCUCCUGCCCGUCCCCCGCCGUCACACCAUGAGCCUGCUUGUCCUUCUGUGGUGCCUCUUUUCGGAGCUCCUCGCUGUGAACUGCCAAGGUCUGAUCCAGGGACGAAUAGUGGGAGGCUAUGCCCCAGCGCCGCACUCAAUCAAGUACAUUGUCUCGAUACAGACCACCAAAGGCCAGCACUUCUGCGGGGGGUCUUUGAUAAACAGAUACUGGGUGCUAACGGCAGCGCACUGUAACAUUGGAUCUGACCAGAUGAUGGUGGUGGCGGGAGAUUACUCCCUGAGCGUGUUUGAAGGGACUGAACAGUACUCCAAGCCCCAGAGUCUGGUACCUCAUCCGCAGUACAACAAGAGCAACAACAACGCUGACAUCAUGCUCAUUAAUCUCAAAACUCCCGUGGUCCUGAACAGCUAUGUGUCCAUCGCCCCGCUGCCGCGGCAGAGUGCUGGCGUGCCGGAGGGGCGGGUGUGCCGGGUGUCGGGGUGGGGCUACACCAGCUCCAGCGGGGGCCAGAUCCCGACCACGCUCCGCACGGUCAAGCUGCCCAUCGUCUCCACCGCCAAGUGCAACAGCAGCAGCUCCUUCAACGGGAACAUCACAGCCAGCAUGAUCUGCGCUGGGUACAGCGCCGGGGGAAAGGAUGCCUGCAAGGGGGAUUCUGGUGGGCCGCUCGUGUGCGAGGGGCGUGUCUACGGUGUGGUGUCGUGGGGGAACGGCUGUGCUGACGCCAAGUUCCCGGGAGUCUACACCGCUGUGUCUGUGUUCCGCAGGUGGAUUGACCGGACGAUCUACAGCUCCUACAGCCGUUGCCUCAAGUAUUAGACCCCAGUGUUACCCCCUGAGACAUUACCUACAGUACCUUGAACUUGAAACCCCCCCAUACACACACACACACACUUAAUGCACCUGAACCUAACAACCAGACACAUGUACGUUUUGAUUUCAUGUCUUUUUUUUUAUUUCCUCACGUUCGCCUCGAUUUCCACAUAUGCACUUUGUUUUGUCGUGUCAAGCAAAGAUGGUGAAAGAUGACAUUUGAAAUCUUAUUUUAAAAUUAUAAUUUAAAUGUUAUAAAAAUUUAAAUGUCAAAUUUCUCACUUUGUGUCCUAUUUAUAUGCGACAGGGUUUUUUUUCCUACAGAGGUGCCAUACACCUUCUAAAUAUUCUGCUACCAAUACUGUAAAAGAAAAAAAAAAGGGCUGAAUUUUAGGAAGAAGAAGUCUACAACUGCCACUGGAACUGUAAAUGCCAAGCUGAUACAGUCUCAUUUGAAGAUGAGUACAUUCAAACUGAUCCCUUGUGUAAAAAGUGUGAAGAAGAUAAAGUCACAAAAAUAGAAACUUCUGAAGUGUGAUACUU